CAUUGAUUUUCCUUUUUAUAAAUUUUCCACUCACAUUAUCUUCUAUGUAGGUCACUUUUUGCUUGCUUUUUACCGUAUCAUUUUAAUGUGUAGUUAUUAGAAAAAGCGUUAUAUGCAACCAUUAUGAGAUUAAAAAACACUAUUAACUACCUAUUACGAAUACGCUUGUGAUCAAUACCAAUAAAGAAAGUUUAUUUAUAAUAAAAAAUGUUAAAGAAAGAGUAAUUAAGAGAUCAUAUGAAUGUUUAGAUGAGAAACUACAGAUUCUCCUGGUACAGUUUUGUCGCUGCAAUUUAGUUAUAAUCAUUGGUUUAUGAACUAGUAAAAUGAUUUUUUACAUUAUCAUGUUGUGUUUACAUACUUGUCAUUGCAUAACUGUGGCGAGAGGUGAACGAAUUGAAACUGCAAAAGGAGGAGUAGCAGCAUGUAGAAAUACGUGUACUUGUCGAAGUCCUAGUGCAACUUUCUUUUAUGUACGAGGGGAAGAAAAAUGUAUAGGUGCUAAUGGAACAGGAUGUUUAUUAACAGUGGAUGGAUACACAACUGAUGUUCCUUUAAUAACACAGAAAAUGGUCAACAAAACAAUGUUUCGCAUCACUAAAGAUGGUGGAAAUCUUUGUCCAAAUACGCUAGACACAAAUGGAGCAUCAAGUGUAAGAAUGUUAGCCCUGACAGAUCAAUGGGAAGUUGUUCCUACAUUUAUGUCAAACUCAAUAUUAUAUAGCAUACCUAUUGUCAAAGAGGUAAUGGUAAAUUACCAUGCAGUAUGGCCUGGGUUGCUGAUAAAACUUGAAGUCAGGUGUAAAGCAAGCAAUGGAAACGAAUACACACUACGUGAAAAUUGCGUUCUAUUCAAGUAUGAAGGUACAGCAACGUAUCCUUUAACUUUAUCAUCAUUCGCGCCUAUAACUACAACAGCUACAACACCAGUAACAGAAACAAAAACAACAACAGAAACAACAACAACAAAAACAACAACAAAAACAGCAACAACAACGACAACAGAAACAACAAACUUGAAUAAAAAAGCAAAGGAAAACUCGAGCUCUGCAUCCACGACAUCCACGACUGGAAGAACGGAUGCGAAUUCUAACGAAUCGACUUCUUCAACCCUUCCAUGCGAGUAUAACAAAAGUGUUUUCAUAGUCGGUGGAAUCUUAGGAGUCACUAACCUGAUAUUCAUUAUAAUUGUGAUUUUUUUAGUACGUGAAGUAAAAAACCGUGGUCAGACGAAGGUCAAGGAAAUUAGCAGCAUUAACGUGACAGAAUCAAGUUUUGUGUAUGAGUAUCCCGAGGUUAAAGUUAACAAGACUGCCAGUGGUGAAGAACAAGGCAAUGGUAACUGGAGCUGUCAAAAUGUCACAGACAACAAGAAUUAUGCACCACUGAUAUUUGAUAGCAAAGAAAAUGUUAAGUCUAAUUAUACGACCUUGUUAAAAGAUGGCUACGAAAUUCCUAUGAAAGGAACUGUCGAAGUACCAUAAAGAAGAUAACAUUAUCUUUAAUUCGUCACGUGUGUUUAAUAGUUUAUAGAAAUAGCUGUCGUCUGCCUUUCCCUGCACAAAAUUAUGCCGCAGUAGCGUAACACAAGAAAUGCGCUGUACAAAAGGGGGCAACCCCGUGGAUGGGUCACCGACAAUUUAAUAAUAAUAUUAGGAUUUUUGAUAUAACUUUAUCAAUUUUUAUUUAUACCUGAGAAUGUUGUUUCAGGGAAAUUGUCUUCUCUGGUGUUUCGUUUACUCAAAUAACAUUUUUGUAUUUCUUAGUAUUUCUCAGUAAAUCCAUCUGAUAUUCACAUUUUAAUACAACUGAAUUGUCAUUA